AUGUCAGACCAAAUUGAUGUUCUUCUCUACGGGCUUGGAGCAAUCGGCUCUUUCUAUGCCUUCAUCCUCAGUCAGUCCGACCGGGUUCGCCUGACAGUCCUGGCUCGUUCCAACUAUGAAGCUGUGAAGACAAAUGGUAUCACUAUCAAUAGCGAGAACCAUGGCCAGCAUACUUUCCAUCCCCACCGAGUGGUGACAUCUGUUGCUGAAGUUCCCGCCGUGGAUUACAUUGUGUGCGCGCACAAGGCCAUUGACCAGGACAAGGUGGUCGGUCAAUUGCAGCCAGCAGUUGAUCCCAAACGAACCACGAUCGUGGUUAUACAGAAUGGCGUAGGAAAUGAGGAGCCAUUCCGAAAGAAGUUCCCCAAUAACAGCAUCAUAACCUGUGUGACAUGGGUAGGCGCUACGCAAAUAAGUCCGGGCAUUGUGAAGCACACCAAAUCCGAGGAUAUGCAGAUUGGCCUUUUCCCCAACCCAACAGUCAAUGGCCAAAUCGAAAAAACACGGCUCGAGACAUUUGCCGAUCUCCUCCGAAAUGGAAAGACCCGAUUCCAGGUGCUUGAAGAUAUGCAAGUCCAGCGAUGGGAAAAGGUCGUCUGGAAUAUCGCAUGGAACUCGCUGACUACUCUCACUAUGGUAGACACUCAGACUUGGCUGCACUCCUCCGAAGACGCGACACCAUUCACACGCCAAUUGAUGCAGGAGGCUAUUAACAUUGCGCGUGCUUGCGGCGUGCCACUGCAGGAUGAGCUGAUUGACGAAUUGAUGGCCAAGAUCAAUGCCAUGCCUGGUAUCGGAAGCAGCAUGCAAACCGAUUGCAAAUGCGGACGCCCAAUGGAGAUUGAUGUCAUCUUGGGCUUCCCGGUGCGCAAAGCUCGAGAGUUGGGUAUCCAAGCUCCGUACGUGGAGGCUCUAUAUGUUCUCCUUCGGGCAGUUGAUGGCCGACUUAGAGCUGCGCUGUAA